CCUGUCAUUUUCAGUUAAAAUUUUGUUGUGUCUGGUUUCCUAAAGCGGAAGAUUGCAAAAUACUAAAUUAUUUUUAUACUUUUAUAAAAAGUUAACAAACACAAUAAAUAGCUAACUAAAUUAGCGUAAACAGCAAACGAUGGCAGAUCUUAAGAAUGAUGUUGAUAGCGAUUUGGACCAGAAUUACUCGUUGAGCAGUAAUGCGGAUCCGAAAAAUAUGCAGGAAUUGACAAUAUAUGUACAAAACCUGCUACAAAAUGUGCAAGACAAAUUCCAAACAAUGUCGGAUCAAAUUAUCACACGCAUCGAUGAUAUGGGCAACAGAAUAGAUGAUUUGGAGAAAAGCAUCGCAGAUCUGAUGAAUCAAGCUGGCGUUGAGGGCCCCGAAAAGUAAAUCUUAUCAACCAAUGAAUCAGGAUUAUAGCAUAGAUAUUGCCAUGAAGCGUACAUAUAGACAUUGCUCAUUAAUUAACAAAUCGUAAUGGAUUACAAAUAUUUCUAUGUAAUCCCAAAGCAAACCAUGUAUUAUUGCACAUACAUACAUACACACAGGCAUAAAAGUCGAUCUCCACAAAUGCGCACGAAAAAGCAACAUACAUUGCUGAUAAGAAUUGGCUUGAAUCAAACACAAAACAUUUAAUUAAGUACAUUAACUUAAAUAAGUGAAUAAAAAAAAUACAUAACAGAUAA